AUCAACGACCCUGAAUUCGCAACAGUCGUCUCUUUCAAGUGUACUUGUGGGAGAAUAUAUUUAUAUUUAUAUAAACGUGCCUAUUGUCUGUUUGUGCUUAUUUGCUUUUGUACAGAAAAGUAGCACGAAGGACGCAUUAUGAAAACUGGUUAAAAAUACCAAACACCUCUGUUAUGAAACAAUAAUGGCAAAUGUUAAACUGCAGGUGUCGCCAGGUCUCUGCGCAUCUUUAUCACCAAGGAUUUUUUGAACCCUACUUUCAGAUCCUCACUGUCCUUAGUCUUUUUUUUAGAAGUUUUGAACUUUGCUCUUCACAUAUUUAAUUAUUUUUAAACCAUGUUUGAAUUUAAUGUGUGUCCUCGAUGCCUAGCACGGAAUCAAUAUCUUUUGUACUGAGACGAGUCAACGCGCAGACGAAGGUACAGUGCAUUUUAAACGGCCGGACUCCAGGACUAGAGGAAGCGGCGCAAUACACCUGGUGGGGCAGCCUCGACUCGCGGUUAUCACUUCUGUUUUCGUGGAACAGUGGACCUACGGUAUGAUAGUCACCCCGUGGGAUGGGGAAUAUAGUUCGUAAAGGGAAAAACGUCAUUGUGGACAAAACUCAAAUGAAAGGAUUGUCAAACUGGAAGGCAGAGGAAAGCAAAGAGAUCCAGCAGCCAGGGCAGGAUGUAGAUGAAGACAGAGUGGUAGCUAAUUUGUCUGUGAGCAAACAGAACAGAGACAACUGGGAGAAGAACACACAGUCUGGCAGAGUGCAACAUCUGCUUGAAAUGGGCAAAGAAGAUAAAACCUCACAUUCAUAUGACUAUGACCUUAUAGUCAUUGGAGGUGGAUCUGGAGGCCUGGCAGCUGCAAAAGAAGCAGCUGGAUUUGGUAAGAAGGUGAUGGUUCUGGACUAUGUGACACCUUCUCCCAAAGGAACAAAAUGGGGCCUUGGAGGAACAUGUGUCAAUGUUGGUUGUAUUCCUAAAAAACUCAUGCACCAAGCAGCAGUCUUAGGUGAAGCCAUUUCUGACUCUCGGAAAUUUGGCUGGGAUGUUCAAGAACAGGUGUCUCAUGACUGGGACCUCCUUACCCAAGCUGUUCAAAAUCAUGUCCGCUCCUUAAGCUUCAACUACCGCAGAUCUCUGAUGGACAAGAAUGUCACCUAUCUUAAUGCUUAUGGAAUGUUUGUUGAUGAAAACACAGUAAAGGCAACAGACAAGAAUAUGAAGGAGACCUACCACACAGCAGCGGACUUCAUCAUAGCUACUGGAGAGAGACCAAGAUAUUUAGGCAUUCCUGGGGACAAAGAACUCUGCAUUACCAGCGAUGACUUGUUUUCUUUGCCACAAAGCCCUGGGCGGACACUGGUGGUUGGUGCCUCUUAUGUGGCCCUGGAGUGUGCAGGCUUUUUGGCUGGGCUAGGCCUGGAUGUCACAGUCAUGGUGCGCUCCAUCUUACUCAGGGGAUUUGAUCAGCAAAUGGCAAACAAGAUUGGAGAAUACAUGGAAGAGCAUGGCAUUUGUUUCCUUCGGGAGAUAGUGCCCACCAAGAUUGAAAGGAUUGAAGAAGGCACACCAGGAAAGCUAAGAGUCACAGCAACGUCUGUUAAAGAUGGAGAAAAUCACGAAGGAGAAUAUAAUACAGUUUUACUUGCGAUUGGAAGAGAUGCCUGCACUCACUCAAUUGGACUGGAAAAUGUCGGAGUGAAACUUAAUGAAAAGACAGGAAAAGUGCCUGUGAAUGAGAAAGAGCAAACAAAUGUGCCACACAUCUAUGCUAUUGGAGACAUAUUGGAGGGCAAGUUGGAGCUGACACCUGUGGCAAUUCAAGCUGGGCGACUUCUGGCAAGAAGGCUGUAUGGAGGGCAAAACACUGAGUGUGACUACAAUAAUGUUCCAACUACAGUGUUCACACCUCUAGAAUAUGGAGCCUGUGGCCGGUCUGAGGAAAAAGCUAUCGAGGCGUUUGGAGAGGAAAAUAUAGAGGUAUACCACAGUAGUUUCUGGCCACUGGAAUGGACAGUUCCAAAUAAAGGCAAAGAUACAUGCUAUGCAAAAAUAAUCUGCAAUAAACAAGAUAAUGACAGAAUUGUAGGUUUUCAUAUCCUGGGACCAAAUGCUGGUGAAAUAACUCAGGGCUUUGCAGUUGCAAUGAAAUGUGGAAUGACGAAGGUUCAGCUUGAUAACACCAUUGGCAUCCACCCUGUGUGUGCUGAGGUGUUCACCACAAUGUCCAUAACUAAGAGUUCAGGGGGCAGCGUCUCGGCCAGUGGCUGCUGAGGCUAAAACCCUGCUGUUGAUUCUUGUUGUCAUUCAUGGGUUUGGCCACCACUACAGAAUUCAUCAAAAAUAUUAAUUGGGAAAGCACAUUUGCAUGUUCCUACAAUUUACCUGAUAAAUGUGGGACUAUGGCACAUGGUGACAUACAUCAUACCCUGACAACAAGGACAACGGCAGGGAGGAAUGGCCCUGUUCCCAUUUCCAGUAUGCACCCCACUGAGUCACAGCUUACCUUGGAAAGGUAUGAUGAUGUCUGUGCCUGGAACCUACAUUUGGAGGAGGGCUCUGACUGAAGAACAACUGCUGGCAUGGUGGGGAACGCUGGACUAGAUUCUCAUUGUAGUGCAGUGUUUAGACAGGAAUGAAUCACUUACUUGACACGUUAUGUUGUACAUAAUUCAGUGCAGGGUGGUAGGGGCUGGAGCUUGGCAGCACUGGUGCAAAACAAGAAAAAACCCUGGACAGGGGCCAGUCCUUUACAGGGCGACUUACUACUUUAUAAAUUUUAACUCACAUUAUGUUUUAGGUUUUCUUGUCUUUAGAAAUGCCAUACAUAAGUUUUUCCCCCCAACAUAAAAAUAUGGCUCAUGCAGAGCAAGACAUUGGUUAUAUUUAAUGGUAUAU